ACCAAUCAAACGUAUGCUCUUACGGAAACAAACACGCUAAUUGUAAACGCAGUGAUUUGACGAAGAGGUUAGGUUCAAACGUUACGAUCAAACGUUCGUGUCGAAUUUUCCUCGAAAUCUAUGAAAAUACAUAUUGAAACACAAAAUUAAAACACUGCGAGCAGAUGAAUCCCGUGUUGCGCACUAUCCAAACUUGCGUUCGCUCCGCGAGACACGCAAGGUACAGUACUUUACCCUCGGAAGCGGUAAUAUUUAUGGAAGACGAUCGUAUGGUUGUUUGCUGGCAUCCAGAGAAAUCGUUUCCAUACGAGUAUUCCCUACCCCUACCCGAGGAGAAGCCUGACACUUCUGUGCUGUGUAUUGGAGACAAGGACAUCGCAGACGUUUUCAGGAAAAAGAAGCCAUACCAGAUUGUAGAGGAAUUGGCUAAGAUCACGUAUACCACCAAGCAUAGAUGGUAUCCCAGAAGCAGAGACAAGAAAGCAAAGACUACAGAACCUGAUAGACCGUAUUUGUAAUAUUCAAGAAGAAUUUGCAAGGAUUUUGGUGAAAAAGUACUAGAUUUAAUUCACUUUAUACAUGUAGUUAUACUUUGCAAAACGUAUAAUUAAUAAAUAUACAAAGAUUAUUAUUAUA